UUCAUUUUCAUUGUCAAAUACAACUGGCCGGUCAAGUUGUAAAUAGAAUAUUUUAAUUCCAAGUAUAUUAAACUUAAUAAAAUAAAAAUGGUUGUUUUUACUUGUAAUCAUUGUGGGGAUUCAGUCAAAAAACCCGUCGUAGAUAAACAUUUUAAUACAAAAUGCCGUGGCAUGGUGAAAAAUGUUACAUGUAUGGAUUGUCAAAAGGAUUUUUUUAACGAAGAAUAUGUGGCGCACACCCAAUGUAUCACUGAAGCGGAAAAGUAUUCUGGCAAAGAUUAUGUACCAAAAGAAUUUAAAAAUAAUAAAAAACAAGAAAGUUGGAUGGAAAUAGUGCGUUCAAUAUUAAACAAUCAAGAGUACAAAAUAAGUGCGCCUGCACGUGGUGUAUUUGAAAAAUUACAAUCAUUCGAUAAUGUGCCACGCAAGAAACAGAAGUUUCAGAAUUUUAUAACCAAGUGUGUACGAGUGCAUCAACGACAGGCAGUUGAAGUAUGGAAUGUGUUAGAAAAAGAAUUAGAGAAAAUGAAAGCCAGUAAAGCUCCAGAAACUAAGGUCAAAACUGAAGAAGAAGAACUGAAGUCAGCAACAUUGCCACAUAAUGGAGUAAAACGUGAAGUACCAAAUGGAAAUGGUCUUAAUGAACCACCGAAGAAGAAGAGCAAAAAACAGGAGGUAAAUGAGCCUGCGACAGUGGCAGCAACUGAUCUGAACUCUCAACAAAAUGGUAAUAGCGAACCAAAAAAGAAAAAAAAUAAAAAACAGAAAACUGAAGCUGAAGCUGAAGUUGAAGGAACCACUGCAGGUGCUAUCCAAAAUGAAGUUGAACAAACUCAAUCCAAUAAGAAGAAAAGUAAGAAACAAAAAUCUGAAAAUUCUAUUGAAUUAACUGAGCCUACUUCUGAAAUAGCUGAGGUAGCUCCAAGUGCAAUUGAAGCUUCUGAAGAAUUCAGAUGGCAAGACGUGUUGUCAAAAAUUGUUAAUAAACAGGCCGAAGGAAUUUUAUUGGAAAAACUAAAGAAAAAAAUUCUUAAAAAAUAUAUGAGCAAAUUAGAAGUAACUGAAAUGACUGAAAAGGAAGUCCAGAAAUUUGAAAAGAAAUUUAAUAAAUACUUGAAAAGAUGUGAAGCUGUAAAUGUUGAUGGAGAUUUGGUUAAAUCUGCUUAGGGUCCUUUAUUAAGUUAAGUUAAAGUUAAGUUUAAU